GGCUGAGCCAUUGAGUGCCUAUGAGGAAGUCAAGAACUGUGUGAAUGUUAGUCCGUCAGUAGAAAAUGAAGAUGUUGUUACUUUUGCCCCUGCUGUCAGUCAUCUCAGCAGAAGAAAUUUCACCACCAUCCAUUCUUCUGAACUCAGACCCAGUGCAGAACAGGUCCGAGGCGGUUUUGACCCCCGGCUCUGCUUUCAGUCUCAGCUGUCACGGCAAUGCGUCGUUGAGUUGGUCCAGUAACGCGUUCAAGGAAGCGUCAGUGAUUCGCGGUGGCACACUGCAGGUCUUUCGCGCCAACCCCAGACACACCGGGACGUACCGGUGCGCAUACACCAACAGCACCCUGAAACACCUUCAUGCCACGGUUCACCUCUACAUCAAAGACCCAUCCGCGAUCUUUGUUACGCAACGCAACACCCCUAGCGUCAGUGAAGGUGAAGACUUCCUGUUCCGAUGUCUACUGACCGACCCUUCUUUCACCAACCUAACACUCCGAAUGGUUGAGGAUCGGAAUAAGGGGACAGGUCAUCAUUUACCCCUGGGCAUGAAUGUGAGCGCGGACCCCCGCGUAGGCGUCACCAUACACAAACCGGACAGGAAGUUCAACGGACGCUAUGUAUGCACCGCCCGGAACAACAAUACAGUUGCUACAUCGGCCACUUUACACCUCAUGGUCAUGCCAAAACCAAGUCGACCUCAGGUGUUGGUAAAUCAGAGUCAUAUUUUACGGAUAGUGGGAGAAAGCUUUGCAGUAACAUGUGUAACCAGUAGCUCUUCCAUGCUCUUAGUCAUCUUCUGGACAUACCCUGACAUUGAGGCUCCAAAUAUGACAGAGACUUCUUCAUAUAGCAACGGGUUAUACAAGAACAGCACAUUAAGCAUCGCAACUGUCGGUCGGCAACACAGCGGACGAUACACGUGUACGGCAAGAAACAACUGGCCCAGCGAAGACUCGGCAACAGCCACACUGCGCGUCUUAGACGCUCCCUUUGUGACCGCUUUCCUGCAACGCCGCACUAGCUCUCAAAGUGAGGGUAAUGUGAGCACCCAAGGAACAGAGCGGUUUCAACAACCAAACGUCAGCAAUGUUUCGGCGAUGGACGACUGGAUGCUGCUGGCUAACAUUAGUGUAGACACGACAGGGGUUCAUGAUGUCAGCAGAAACAGCACUGUGGAUGUGCAUGAAGGCGGAGACGUUACGUUAAUCGUCGUUUUGGAAGCUUACCCGCCAAUCAGCAGCCUCGAAUGGACAUCACCUCACCUUGUCAAGACAAAGAUGCAGAGCUGCACAACAGAUGGUUACAGGUGCCAAGCCAGUCUGCUUCUGCGGCGUGUGCGUGAUGAGGAGAAAGGUCGCUACACGCUACGCUAUGCAAAUGCCCGCUUCAGUGGCUCCUUAAACUUUGAUCUGAGAGUUCUUCGUGCCCCGGGUGGCAUCAUCACUUUGGAGAACGAUACCUUGAUCUGCAGAAGUUCGGGUUUUCCCCCGCCCAUCAUUUUGUGGUCACAAUGCAGCGGUCUUGUCGACACGUGCGGCAAUGUCUCGAUCUCCUGGCUUGAUAAUGUUACCGCACAGGAGGGGCAGAAGCAACACAUAGCGCUCCCGCAGGCGUUGGCUGAUGACGUCACCUUCGAGUGUGUAUCCAUCAACAGCGUGGGACAUUCGCGGAACGUCUUCUACCUGCCUGGUAGAAGCGUGUGGACGGCACACAUGCUGGCCGCCACAGUGGGCGCAGCCAUGCUACUUCUGCUUGUUAUCGUCCUCAUCUUCAGGAUUAGACGGCAACCAAAGUACGAAGUCCGUUGGAAGAUCAUAGAGAGUUUCCAGGGUAACAACUACACCUUUGUAGACCCCAGCCUGCUGCCUUACAACAACCUGAAGUGGGAGUUUCCCAGAGACAAGCUGCGUCUAGGGGGUGUGUUGGGUUCAGGAGCGUUUGGGAAGGUUGUGGAGGCCACGGCAUACGGCCUAGGUAGUCAGGAUGAAACACGGGUCGCUGUCAAGAUGCUGAAACCGAGCGCUCACUCUGAGGAACGAGAGGCGCUGAUGUGUGAGCUGAAGAUCCUCAGUUAUCUUGGUUACCAUGACAACAUUGUCAACCUACUUGGCGCCUGUACUCAAGGAGGACCCAUGUUGAUGAUAACCGAAUACUGUUUCCACGGAGACCUGCUCAACUUCCUGCGCACGCAUGCCCAGCAUUUUGUGGCAGCCAUUUUGAGCCUGGAGCCGGCAGAGCAUGACGCCAAAUAUUUUAACAUCAGACUCAGGAGUGAUAGCGGGAUCUCGUGUUGUUCGGAAUAUCAGGAAAUGCAACCGAUGCUUUCGUCUUCAGGUGCACAGCAAAGUGAGUGUUUGUCUAUGAGCGACUUGAUGAGGUUUUCAUACCAGGUGGCUCAGGGUUUGGACUUCUUGUCGACACGAAACUGUAUUCACAGAGAUGUGGCAGCGAGGAACGUGUUGCUGAGUGACCGCCAUGUUGCCAAAAUCUGCGACUUUGGUUUGGCCAGAGACAUACGCAAUGACGACAGCUACAUCGUGCAAGGAAACGCGCGCCUGCCAGUCAAGUGGAUGGCUCCUGAAAGUAUCUUUCAGUGUGUGUACACAGUGCAGAGUGACGUCUGGUCCUACGGUGUCCUGCUGUGGGAAAUCUUCUCCCUCGGGAAGAGUCCUUACCCCAACGUUGCUGUAGAUACCAAAUUCUACAAGAUGAUCAAAGAUGGCUGCCAUAUGGACCGACCCGACUUUGCUCCGCCGCAAAUGUACCAGCUGAUGACGUCGUGUUGGAGUUUGGAGCCGACCGACAGACCGACGUUCAAGAUUAUUUGUCAGCUGGUCGAACGGCUCCUCCUUUCUGACGACAAGGCGGGGCACGGCAAGCAGCCGAUAUACAAAAAUAUUGACGAACGCGGGGAAGACGAAGACAGCGAGGAAGAGGAUGGAAUGGGUGAAGACUCCUUCAAGGGCGAGGAGCCAGACAGUGGCGAGGACGACGAGGAAUCAAUCAAGAUGACGAAGAUGACAAAGAAUAUUUACCAGCUGUCUUAACGCUCUCGUGUAAUGAACUACAACUACCAUCGUUUACUUAACAUCCAUGAUCACAAACAUGCUUUAAAGUCGGGGUACUUAGAUACAAAUCAUAGAUGCUCCACAAUCAUUUUCAAUAGGUCUGAGGUCUAUUUUUUUUUUUUUUGUUCAGUGACCCCAAAUAUAAGCUAAAUAAAUACAAUAAUGCAAAUACAUUCACUUUACAAAUGAUAAAGAAUACUCUUACCAGACUUUCCAGUGGCAAUAUUUGCAUACUCACUUAAAAUUGCUAUUUUGUGUAGCAACAGUAGCAUGUACAGAGCAAAUGUCUGCUGUACUAAGGAUGAUUUUUUUUCUUGUAUUUUUCAUUAUUGUUUGUGGUUUUACCAAAAAAACAAAACAAAAAAAUUUUUCAUAGGUUUUUCAUGACAGUGAUCCCUCACUACUUCACGCUUCAAACUUCGUGCCCUCCGUCUAUCGAGUAUUUUUUUUUCUGAUUAAAAAAUAAAAUACAGAUGAGCUGUCCCAAUCCGAUCACGUAGUCUCAGUCUCCCUCCUGCUGCUUUUCUUCUUCUUUCUCAGGCAGUGCACUGGAGUUGUUUGUUAAAGUUAACGAUGAUUGACAGAUGUUAAGGUUUGAUCUUGCCAAAGAAGCUUUGAAGCCCAAACUUCAAAGCGCUGCAUGUGUCAAUCAUCGUUUAGUUUGUUAAACAUUUGCUGUGGCAACUCAUCGUAUGUAAGUGAGCAGCGUGAGCGGAUUUGAGUCGAGUCACUCAAUGAAGCAUUUAAUAAAGACAAUAUAACAUGUUUAAAACUUAUAACUCAUAAUUAUUACAUUUUAAGUACUUAAAAACCAUUUAUUAAAAUAUAUAUUCAUAAAAUGGAUCUUUUUAUUAUACUUUAAGAAAAAAAAAGGUGAAAAACAUGUCUUAUAUGUAUCUUUUUCCAAUGCUAAAUCUGAAUAAAUACAUUGAAGACAAAAAAAAAUGGGGGCGGGGGGUGGAUUUGCUCUACUUCACGGUUUUUCACCUAUCGGGGGUUGUUCUGGUCCCCAUUAACCGCGAAAAACGAGGGAUCACUGUAUUCACUGGUGUUGUCGAGUUGCACUUUGGUUGCCUGCGUUUGUAUGCGUUGCUGCUCCGCAUAAGUUAGAGUAGCAGUUGUUCUCAUAGUAUAUUAUUAUCAAUACUAAUAAAAGCAAUACUUUGGAAAGUGUGGAUAAGUUGAAGUGAAUUUUAAAGCGCUAAAUAGAUUGCAUACAAUUACAACACACCAACUUCCAAACAAAAACAACAACAAAAUAAGUACUAUACAACUACUUCAUACCAACGACACAACUUCUGCAUACAGUGGGGCAAAUAAGUAUUUAGUCAACCACUAAUUGUGCAAGUUCUCCCACUUGAAAAUAUUAGAGAGGCCUGUAAUUGUCAACAUGGGUAAACCUCAACAGAUUCAGUCUUCAAGCCUGGUGCAGGUCUCCAAUUUUGUCUCUGGUGUCCUUCGACCGUUCUUUGGUCUUAGCCAUAGUAGAGUUUGAAAUGUGACUGACUGAGUUUGUGGACAGGUGUCUUUUAUACCGAUAAUGAGUUAAAACAGGUGCCAUUAAUACAGGUAAUGAGUGGAGCCUCGUUAGACCUCGUUAGAAGAAGUUAGACCUCUUUGACAGCCAGAAAGCUUGCUUGUUUGUUGUUGUGAUUUAGGGCUAUACAAAUAAAAUUGAAUUGAAUUGUUUGUAGGUGACCAAAUACUUAUUUUCCACUCUAAUGCGGAAAUAAAUUCUUUAAAAAUCAAACUAUGUGAUUUGUGUUUUUUUUUCCCACAUUCUGUCUCUCAUGGUUGAGGUUUACCCUUGUUGACAAUUACAGGCCUCUCUAAUCUUUUCAAGUAGGAGAACUUGCAUAAUUGGUGGUUGACUAAAUAUUAGAGCUGUCAAAAUUAUCGCGUUAACGGGCGGUAAUUAAUUUUUUAAAUUAAUCACGUUAAAAUAUUUGACGCGAUUAACGCACAUGCCCCGCUCAGAUUAAAAUGACAGCAGUGUACUUGUUACUUGUUUUUUGUUGUUUGGCGCCCUCUACUGGCGCUUGGGUCCAAAUGAUUUUAUGGGUUUGGCGAGUGAGCAUGGUGUAAUGACAUCAACAAUGGCGAGCUACAAGUUUAUUUUUUGGUUGAAAAUUUUACAAAUUUAAAUAAAACGAAAACAUUAAGAGGGGUUUUACUAUAAAAUUUCUAUAACUUGUACUAACAUUUAUCUUUUAAGAACUACAAGUUUUUCUAUCCAUGGAUCGCUUUAAGAGAAUAU